AAAAAAGUUAAGAAAAAUCGUGCGAAAAGCGACAAAACAAGCGAAAGGAGAUCGAGUGAGUGAGCGCGAGUAUAAACUUACGGUCCGUGCUACAGUUCGUUUCGUUUCCGUUCGUUUCGUUUCCGUUCGUUUUCGUUUCGUUUUCACGUUUUGCUCUCGCUUUUGCUUCUCUCUUAUUAAGCCAAAUGGCUGUCAGCAUUUACUUAUGAUGGAGACAUUUCUUGUCCUGGGCCUGUGUUUUAUCCUAUACGAAGCAUUGGAUUUCUUUCAAGGCUGCAUUCAUAGCAACACCCCAUCGCCCAGCGAUCAAAUCGAGGCAUAUCGCCGCGAAUUAGACGAACAGCGCCAGCAACAGCAGCAGGAACAAUUCCUGGCCGGCUUAACUCCGUUGCUGGGUGCCCAAUUUGCUGCCGCCGCUGCAGCAGCUGCUGCUGGUGGUUCUCAGUCAUCAUUAACCAGCUCCACAACACCCACAGCCUCAACAGCCAGCGUGAUAAGCGAUUCAUACGAUCAGGAGCAAUCACAGUCCCAAUCCCAGUCACAAUCGCAUUCGCAGUCGUAUCAACAGUCGCAACAACCACACUCAUUAAGCACACCCGGACUAUAUCGUCAGGGCUAUUACGAUCCAGAAGAUCCGGCACAUGCUACAUCAUCAUUACCCCGUGAUUAUUACUAUCUCCAGCAACAGCAAUUGAAAAACAAGGCUAGCUCCAAAUCAUUGCUAUCUAAAUUUAGUUCGACUGCAUCGGAUAAUCGCAUCUAUCCAGAGACUGGAGCAGCUGGUCCUAGCAGUGUCUUGGGUGUGAUAACAACCCAACCUUUGUCAAUCACAAAUACUGCUCCAGCUGGCGGCGGUGGUGGGGGUGAGAUAACACCAAGCCUCUUCGAUUGCCAACCUCAGCCAGUUGCUCCAACAUCGGCCCUUCUCGUUGAAUUAAAACGGGCGAUUAUCAGUCAACAUCAACAUCAGCAUCACUAUCAUCAUCGGCAUUUAGACGACGAUCAGAUCUGCAGUCAGUGUCAGGAGGAAAAUAAAUAUAAGCAACAGCAACACUAUCGGGAUUAUCAAGAGGAAGAGCGGGAUCUGCAGCAGCAUCAGGCAGAGGAAGACGACGACGACGGCAACGAGGUUGAGGAGGAGGACGACGAGGAGGAAGGGAACUAUCUACACGAACGGAAUAACUCAUAUAUUUGUAGUUCAAGCAGUAGCAGAAAUUCACCAACAACUGCAGCAACUAUUACUGGCGGAGCCUUAAGUGAGCCAAAUAUUUGUGCAGCAUCAUCUGCUCGCCGCAUUCAUCACAUUGCCAUUGAUGAUAUUGUUGGCGGUGUUGUUGGCGGACAUUCACAUACACAGGGUGCGGCAUCAUCGACUACAUCAUCAACGGCGGCCAGCUCCAAUUGCCUGGCAAUAGCAUCAUCGCAUGCUGAUUUCCGUGAGAUUGAAUGCGAGCGUCUGCGACGCAAGUGCGUGAGCGUUAAACGCAUCUAUAGCAUAUCGGAGAAAUUUUGAAAAUUCCACAACCACCACCAAAAAUCCUUCAAAUCCACCAUCUCUCAUUCAACUCAAAACUCUCAC